AUGGGAGGCCGGGGACGACGCGGCGAGGUCCUGGGCAUCACCCGCUUCGGCAUUGCCAAGAUGAAGGACAGCGUGCUGCACACCGCGUCCUUCGAGAAGACGGCCGACCACCUCUUCGACGCGGCCAUCCACGGCCGCACCGACGACGUCGUGGGCGUCAGUGAGUCCAUCAUCAUGGGCAUCCCCAUGCCCACGGGGACGGGCCUGCUGAAGCUGCUGCACGACGUCGGGAGGGUCGACCUGCCGGCCGCGCGGGGGGCGCCGCUGCUGGCGUACUGA